AUGGCGCCAACAAUCACUGAAGAUGAGGCGGAGAAGAACGUCCAAAUGUGGAAGGUCAAGAAAUUGAUCAAAUCGCUGGAAAAGGCCAGAGGUAACGGUACCUCUAUGAUUUCUCUGAUUAUUCCUCCAAAAGGUCAGAUCCCAAUGAUCCAAAAAAUGUUGACUGAUGAGUACGGAACCGCUUCCAACAUCAAAUCGCGUGUGAACAGACUUUCUGUGCUUUCUGCAAUCACAUCUACCCAGCAGAAACUCAAGUUGUACAAUUCUGUUCCUCCAAACGGAUUGAUUGUGUACUGUGGUGAAGUUAUUACUGAGCAAGGUAAAGAAAAGAAGCUCACCAUUGGAUUCGAGCCUUUCAAGCCUAUCAAUACCUCGCUGUAUUUGUGUGAUAACAAGUUCCACACCGAGGCGCUGUCCGAAUUGCUUGAAAGUGACGACAGAUUUGGUUUCAUUGUGAUGGACGGUAAUGGAGCCUUGUUUGGUACUCUGUCCGGUAACACCAGAGAAGUUUUGCACAAAUUCACAGUUGAUCUGCCGAAGAAGCAUGGAAGAGGUGGACAAUCGGCAUUGCGUUUCUCCAGAUUGAGAGACGAGAAGAGACACAACUAUGUCAGAAAAGUCGCCGAGGUGGCUGUUCAAAACUUCAUUUCUAACGACAAGGUGACUGUUGCUGGAUUGAUUCUGGCCGGUAGUGCUGAUUUCAAGACCGAGCUGAGUAGAUCCGACAUGUUUGACGGUAGAUUGCAAAGCAAGAUUUUGAAGUUGGUUGAUAUCUCUUACGGAGGAGAAAACGGAUUUAACCAGGCCAUCGAGUUGUCUGCUGAGACUUUGUCCAACGUCAAGUUUGUCCAGGAAAAGAAACUGAUCACACAGUACUUUGACGAGAUUUCGCAAGAUACCGGUAAAUUCUGUUACGGAAUUGACGAUACGCUUAAGGCUCUUGAUUUGGGAGCUUGUGAGAUCAUCAUCGUUUAUGAGGGUCUUGACACCGUUAGAUACACAUUGAAGGAUUCUGAAGGAAACGAGGUUAUUGCUCACGCUUCUCCUUCUCAGGAAGAUAAGACUUACAUGCUCGACAAGGCCACUGGUCAAGAGAUGGAGAUUGUGGACGAAAUGCCAUUUUUGGAAUGGUUGGCUGAAAACUACAAAAAUUACGGUGCUACGCUUGAAUUUGUUACUGAUAGAUCUUCCGAAGGAGCGCAGUUCGUGAAGGGAUUCGGUGGAAUCGGUGCUCUUCUUAGAUACAAGGUCAAUUUCGAGCAAUUGGUUUCUGACGAUGAAGACGAAUUUUAUAGUGACUAA